UGGAAAUUUGGAAGGCAUUUAACAGGUUGUAGAUCCCUGCCAUGGGACAUUUGCUUGCAAAGGGCUACCUGGGGAUAGUGCAUUUGACAAUUUAGUCAAAUACAAAGAGCUAUAAAUCAGUACUUUUUAUAAAACAAAACCCUGCUUUGCUAAACAUCACAAGGAUUAACACUACGUAAAGAAUGACUGGGAUGUAAGUUAUUUUUUGGAGAUUUAUUGUAACCCAUUGAAAACUAGCUCAUGUCCCACCACCACCCCCAAAAAUUCAUGCAUUCAUGCAUGUUGGUCUUCCAAGUGUGAGAAAAUCAAGGUGAGAAGUGGGUAUGUUGUGGGUCAUUGGUUAAGACAGAAGGGCCUCGAAGGUUUAACAGAAACCUAUCAAACAUAAGUUAUUGACAUUCUCAUAAUCAGAACGAAUCAUAUUUUUGUUUGAAGAGAUGAGCCCUCUCUCACCGAGUUUUCUCUGCAAACAUUGUCUUUGCGAGUUUGUCUUUGUCGUUUUGGAGACAGGAGUGCAUUACUUUUGACAAUGUUCGAAUCAAUUUCAACACGUUUUAUACAAAAACGUUGAGUACAUGGUUAUGAAUAGUCAUAAUCAAACUUUAACAAGCUUUCUACCAGAGAUGCUAUUUUCACUAUUGUUUAGUUAAACAAAGAACUGCAUGCAUAAAUGCAUGAGUUAUACGGAAAUCUUGAUUCUGUCCUGGUGUACCAGUACGAGUUAAAGUUACACUGAGGGAAUAACCGUUGUACUGCCUUUCUUUACGAGUCUUUGUCUAGCUGUUGUAUAAGUUGGGUCUUUCGUAUCGGUUCUUGUGUACCAGUACACGAGGACAGAACCGAAAUUUUGCCAUGUUUUGUAGCUACGUUAAACUGCUUUACAAAAUGAAUUUUUUUAGACUGCAGCUCACCAUCUUGUACAGAAAAGUAAGGUCGCCUAAAUCUUCUACCACUACGCAGUUGUCUCUGAAAUAACCAGUGUAGUAGUACCACCUGUCUUUGCAUGAUUGCUUUCCUGUAAUACUUUGAAUAGGAAUCGGAAAUGGAGCUUCCUUGGGGUGGAAUUUUGCCCCUUUCUUUCGACGCGGUAUGCGAGUUACGUCCGCCAUCUUGAUUAUUGUUUACAACCGCUGCAUGAUUGUGUGCUCACAAAAUUUGCGCGCGGUAGAAUUCAAAAUGGCGCUCAGUACAACGGAUUGACUUGUGUACAGAAAAUUGUGGGGAAAAACAAAUAUCUUCAUACAAGAAAAAGCCCAGAUUACUACAGCAGUACAGUUUCUUUCGUCAUGACUACAGGGGACCUGAAAAACAACCUUAGAAAGCUAGUUUCCGAAUUAAAACAAAUUCACUAUCCUCAAAGUGAGCUCGAUAUCAAAGGAGUAGCUCAAGGGAUUCCUAAGGCGUUUCUCCCCAUCGUUCAUCAUGUUUUCCUUGACUAUUCCAUCUCACUGGCUCAGCACUUUGCGUCUAAAGAAUACGAGUUGUAUGGGAAAACAGAUUUAAGAUUCAUGGAAGCUGUGUACAAAGUCCUUCGCGACGAGUUUGGUUACAAGCCUCAGCUAACCAGGGAACAGUUCCUAACAAUUGGAUUCGCAGAAAGAAAGAUUAUUGUCCUUUGUGAAAUGGUGAAACUUCUGAGAGAGAAACACGAUGAGCUUACAUCUAAAGGUGGCAAGUCGGAAAAGAAGAAAGCAAAGCAGACUUGGCCAAGUUCACAGCUGCGGGGUGAUGAUAAUGGCACUACUAAAGAAUGCUCGGACAAAGUAAUGUCAACACACUCUGAUCGUUUCCCCGGACCCCUUCCAAAGGACAUUGACAUGAAGAGUUUCCGCAGUAAUGAGGAAGCAAUGAAAGCUGGCUUGGGAUUAAAGGAGCCUCUUAUAACUCGUAUGUUUCUUGAUGGUGAACCCAGCAUAUGCACCGGUAGUCAUGUAAUGCCCUCAAACAGUGGUCCAUCAGGGAAAGCUGGCAGUUCUGUGAACGAUUUGGUUCCAUCAAAUUUAGUCAUUAAAAGCAGUGGUGACCAGAAGCUCUUAGGUAUAAAAUUCCCAGUUUCUCAGAACUCAGAAAUUCGGUCAAAUUUGUCUAGACAGUGUCAUGUCAAAACAGUCACUUGGGAAGAUCAAUUAAGUGAACCCCAGGUCAUACUAUCUGAACAGGGUGAAAAAGGUUCUGUUGCUCAUCCACUAUACAAUGGAGCAAUGAACCCCAUCUCAGUACCAGCAACAGUUCACUCAAUUCCUUUCGCAAAGACAUCACCAGCAUAUUUCCCCCUACAAUCAGAAAACAUGUCCAGUGCAGGAGUGAUACCAUAUGCUAUUCCUUCCCCAGUUUCCAUGACAGCAGUUCCUUUGCCAAGUGCCGAUCUGAUGCUUACACCUACUGCCAAGAAUACUCAUCAUCAAGCCAUUCCACUUUCCAUCUCUCACAACGAGAAUGAUUUGCAAGACACUUCAUUUUCAGAUGGUAAAUUUCCAUGUACAAGAGUUGUUAGACAUUCAAGUCUGAUUGAACCAUCAGAUGUCCUCGUGACUGAUUCAAGCUCAAGUGCAGAGGCUCAGGUUUAUGUUCUAAAACAGCAGGUUCAAGAGUUACAGGAGAAGUUUGACAGCAUGGUGUUGUUAAACAAUGAACUGUCAGCCAGGGUUGUGCUUCUGGAGAGCAAAAUGAAGUUGGUGGAAGAAGCAUCUGGGUAUAAAUCUUGUUGUAAUUGUGGAAGUCCUUUGCCCAGAGUGGACAAAAAGAAUGAAUCACAACCUGACAAAAUAGUUGUGUCUGGUUUUAAUGUACAGAGUGAAAAAAAUCCAGGCAAGGAAUCUUUUGAAAAUAGUCUGAAAUGCAUAUCAACUAAAAUUAAUGAAGAGACUGGCAAUGAUUAUGCCAAGGGUCCUAAAUCUGUGCUAAAGAACAAUUCAACCAGUAGAAAACUGUUCACAAAGACAGCAACCUCUCUUGGCAGUGAUCAGGCAGUUAAAGAUAUUUCAUCAUGUCAUGUCUCACCUCCUUAUUCAGAAAAGUCUGAUGGUGAUGAUGAUGAUAGUGACGGCACAGGGAAAAGUAAAAGUGCCUCAUCAAGUGAACAAGAUGCAAGUAUUGUCAUAAGCCCAUUUCCUUCAGUUUCAAAGCUUUCAAGAGUAUUUGCUAACUCUUCAACCAAAAAUGCUGUGGUGAAUGUGCACAAACGGCUUCAAGAGACCAGAGAGCUGCUUACAAGAACUAAUAGGGACUUUGCCACAAAAUUUAACCACUACCAAGUUGAAUAAUAAUGUCAUCUGUUUUAAAGGGUACAUUGAUAUGUGCUUGCUGCCAGGUUGCCUUGACUGUGGAACGUUUUGCAAAUUUGGAGAUUGAUGUUUCACCAUCUGAUCGGUAAACAAUUUCACUAAAUUAUUUUUUUGAGGGAAUCCUUGAGGACAAAAACUGCAUUUUUCCCAAGUCCACCUGUGCAUGAAUUUUAUAAGGCUCCUCAAAAGCUGGUCAAAGUUGUGAUUUGGCUCUAAAUCAAGGUAAUUUGAUGAAGGCUUUUUUCAUGGGUACAAAACAGUGCUAGUAAAAUGAAAAGAAACUGUUUCAAGCUCUGUAUUUAAUUUAAAUGUAACUUCUGAUUUGCUGAUUUGGUGAAUAAAACCUGCCUGCCCGGUGAUAUAACUGGUAACGGCUUGUAUACUGUAGAUAGAAUAUAUAAGUGAUUUAACCAGCAUUGAACCAUUGGAGAUUCUUGUCUGGUUAAAAGACAGGUAAAUUGGAUUCCAGGCCCAAUGUGAUUAGUCAUGCAGGGCUGUCAUUAGUCACCUGUCAUCUUGAUCUUCACAUCCAUAACAAACCUAUUACUUUGUGGGUGAAUUGUCAGCAUCAACAACAGGCAAGUUCACCCAUAACAUGCCACCAAGGGCCCACCAAGCAUACUCUACUGUAACAUGUCUUAUGUGUUACAGCUGUUAAUGUCAGCCCUGAUAGGCCCUGUGAAUUUAUAUGUACAUGAACAGUCAUACAGGUUAUACAAAUUUGUGUACAGGUGCAUCAGUGUUCCCUUGGAAUGAGUCUUCUUGGUGGACUCCUUCAGAAAAGGAGAGAACCUGCUAAGAGGUGAACUGGUAAGAGAACAAAUAAAUAAACUGAA